AUGGGUAAUGAAACAGUGAUUACUAUGUUUACUCUGUCAGGGUUAAAUGGCACAGCAAACUACAGAGUUGCUCUCUUUGCUCUCACUUUAUUGUCUUACAGUGUGAUUUGGCUGGUAAAUGUGACCAUUAUUGUGACAAUCAUUGUGAACAAAAGCCUUCAUGAACCUAUGUACAUCUUCCUCUGUAAUCUGUGCAUCAAUGGACUUUAUGGGACAACAGGCUUUUACCCCAAAUUCCUCAAUGAUCUUCUAUCUAACACUCAUGUUAUCUCUUAUGCUGGAUGCCUUCUGCAGGGUUUUGUGUUGCACUCUUCAGCUUGUGCUGAUUUCUCUCUUCUAGCUCUAAUGGCCUAUGACAGAUAUGUGGCUAUAUGUCGACCUCUGGUUUACCACUCUGUGAUGACUAAACAAAAAGUUUGUGUGUUUGUGUUUUUUGCUUGGCUUGUACCCUUUUCCCUGCUGUUCAUAAGCACAGUAACAACAUCUACAUCAGGGUUAUGUGGCUCGCAUAUACCAAAGAUCUACUGUGUUAAUUGGUUAAUUUCUAAUCUAGCUUGCUCUUCCUCCAUAGCAAGCAUUGUUAUUCCAGCUUUUAAUUAUACUUUUUAUAUUGGCCAUGUUAUUUUUGUUUUUUGGUCUUAUAUAUAUAUGAUCAGAACAUGCCUAACAUCCAAAGAGAACAGAGGUAAAUUUAUGCAGACAUGUGUACCACAUUUAUUCUCUUUAACAAUUGUUGUUGUAUCUUUGCUCUUUGAUUUGUUGUACAUGCGAUUUGGCUCAAAAGAGAUAUCACAAGGUGUGCAGAAUUUUAUGGCAAUGGAGUUUCUCGUUAUUCCUCCAAUUAUCAAUCCCCUGAUUUAUGGUUUCAAAUUGACACAAAUAAGAAAUAGAAUUCAAAAUUGUAUGUGCGGUAAAAGUUCAGCUUUCAGACUAAAGUCAUAA